UGAAAGAACAAUGAGACGGCAAGUACUGUUGUUUUUCUCGGUCCUGUGUCUCAGCUCAGUGCUCGGCCAGGUCAGCUACUCUAUCCCCGAGGAAAUGGCCAAAGGCUCUUUGGUCGGUAACAUAGCUCAGGAUUUAAGUGUGGAUGUUAAACGACUGCAAGCGCGUAGAGCUCGUAUUCACACAGGGGACAGUACCGAAUACAUUCAGCUGAACAGGGAAAAAGGACUCCUCGUUAUCAAAGAGAGAAUCGACCGCGAAGCUCUGUGUGGCCAGACAACGCCUUGCGCUUUGCAUUUUCAGAUUGCCUUAGAAAGCCCUAUAGAAAUAUUCCCGGUUACUGUCGAAAUCACAGACAUUAACGACAAUGCUCCAGUUUUCCAAAAGGACGAGAAAAACAUUGAAAUCAGCGAGUCGGCAGUCAUCGGCUCUAAAUUCAUGUUAGAAAAAGCAGUAGACCUCGAUAUAGGACGGAAUGGUCUUCAGAGCUACACACUGAAGCCCAAUGAUAAUUUUAUACUUAAAUUACACGGUCAGUCUGACGGUGUUACGAAGGUUGAAAUUAUUUUACAGAAACCUCUGGAUAGAGAGAAAAAGGAGUUUGCCUCCUUAUUGUUGACGGCUGUAGAUGGAGGAGAGCCGCAUAAAUCUGGCACUAUGCAGAUUCAUAUAACUGUGUUAGACGCUAAUGACAACGCUCCCGUGUUUACACAAACAAUAUACAAAGCCAGUGUGAAAGAAAAUGCUCCCAAAGGAACCAUCAUCACCAAAGUGAGUGCCUCCGAUGCGGACAAAGGCUCGAAUGGGGAGGUUAGCUACGUAAUUGGUAAUGGUGUGAUAGGAGCUUUACAUUUAUUCCACAUUACCGAAGACGGUCAGCUAAUUUUAAAUGGGCCGAUUGAUUUUGAAAAGGCCAGAAAUUAUGAAAUAGAUAUCGAGGCAGUUGACCGAGGGGGUCUGUCUGAUUCAUGCAAAGUGAGCAUUGAUGUGGGUGAUAUUAAUGACAAUAGUCCUGUUAUAAAUAUGAUCUCAUCAUCACAUUCAGUUGGUGAAGAUUCACGUUCACACACCGUGGUAGCUGUAAUGAGCGUAAAUGAUCCUGAUUCUGAAGAAAACGGGAAAGUCCGGUGUGUUAUUAACAAAAAUAUACCAUUUGCGCUUACAGCUACAUCUAGGAAUCUAUACAGUAUUGUGACGGACAGUGAUUUAGACCGAGAGACAGCAUCCGAGCAUAAUAUCACAGUGAUCUGCUCUGAUGAGGGCGUGCCCUCCCUCUCCAGCAGCGUCACUCUCACAUUACAGAUCUCUGACGUGAAUGACAACGCGCCUGUCUUUGAGAGGAGCUCAUAUGAAGCCAACCUUGUAGAAAACAACACACCAGGUCUCUCUGUAUUCACAGUGAAAGCCAGAGACGCUGAUUGGAACCAGAAUGCACGUGUUUCUUACAUACUGGAGGACUCCUCUGUUAACGGAGUGCCACUCUCCUCAUAUGUGUCCGUUAGUGCUGAUAGUGGAGUCAUCCAUGCAGUGCGCUCUUUUGACUAUGAGCAGAUCAAAGAUUUUCACUUCCGAGUCAAAGCUCAGGAUGGAGGCUCUCCUCCACUCAGUAGCAACGUGACUGUGAAAAUAUUGAUCCAGGACCAGAACGACAACCCCCCUCAGGUUCUGUACCCAGUCCAGACUGGUGGCUCUCUGGUGGCUGAGAUGGUGCCUCGUUCAGCAGAUGUGGGCUACCUGGUCACUAAAGUGGUGGCUGUGGAUGUGGACUCUGGACAGAAUGCCUGGCUCUCCUAUAAACUGCAGAAAGCCACAGACAGGGCGCUGUUUGAAGUGGGCUCACAGAAUGGAGAAAUAAGAACUAUCCGCCAAGUCACUGAUAAAGACGCAGUGAAACAAAGACUGAGUGUUAUAGUGGAGGACAACGGUCAGCCCUCUCGUUCAGCCACAGUCGUUGUUAACGUGGCGGUGGCGGACAGCUUCCCGGAAGUGCUGUCGGAGUUCACUGACUUUACGCACGACAAGGAGUACAACGACAACCUGACUUUUUACUUAGUGUUGGCUCUGGCUGUAGUUUCCUUCCUCUUCAUCACGUGUGUAGUGGUUAUUAUCUCAGUGAAAAUCUACAGAUGGAGACAGUCUCGGGUCCUGUAUCACUCCAACCUCCCUGUGAUUCCAUAUUAUCCACCACGUUACUCAGACACUUUGGGGACAGGGACUCUCCAACACGUGUACAAUUACGAGGUGUGCAGGACGACUGACUCCAGAAAGAGUGACUGUAAGUUCAGCGGAGCUGGUAGUCAGAACGUGCUGAUAAUGGACCCCAGUGCUACAGGGACGAUGCAGCGGAUACAGAGUGAAAAGAGCAUCCUGGACGAACCAGACUCUCCUCUUGAGGUUAGAAAGAUUUUUGCUUUCUGA